UCCAACUACUUGAGAGCCAAGAGAGAGUUCUUCCUACCUUACAGGGACCGUUCCCCGAAGACUCAGAGCCUGGUGAGACGCAUGAUAGACGCGGGACAAGUGGAGCAGAGAGCCCGCCUCCCACCUUCCCCGUCCUCCUCCUCUAUUGGCAGCCCCCAGAAUCAGUCAUCCAGCAAGUCCAAUCAGAAGAGCCACUCUCCUGCUGUGGAGAAAAUGGAGGACCUAUGGAAGACUCCUCUCACUAUAGAAGAUCUGAUCUGCUAUAGUUUCCAGGUGGCCAGAGGAAUGGAGUUCCUGGCCUCACGAAAGUGUAUCCACAGGGACCUUGCAGCGAGGAACAUCCUACUGUCAGAGAACAACGUGGUGAAGAUCUGUGACUUCGGCCUGGCUAGAGACAUCUACAAAGACCCCGACUACGUCAGGAAGGGCAACGCCCGUCUGCCACUGAAGUGGAUGGCUCCAGAGAGUAUCUUUGACAAGGUUUACACCAGCCAGUCUGACGUCUGGUCCUUUGGUGUUCUACUCUGGGAGAUCUUCUCUCUGGGUGCAUCUCCGUACCCAGGUGUCCAGAUCGACGAGGACUUCUGUAAACGACUGAAAGAUGGAACCAGGAUGAGAGCUCCUGAAACAGCUUCCCCUGAGAUCUAUGGUAUAAUGCUGGCCUGCUGGCAGGGCGAGCCCCGGGAGAGACCUACCUUCCAAGCUCUGGUAGAUAUCCUGGGAGACCUACUACAGGACAACAGCCUACCAGAUGGUAAGGACUACAUCCCCCUGAAUCCGUCCCAGAAAUCGGAGGAUGACAGUUUCUCUCACGCCUCAUCACGAACCACUUCACAGGAGGAACUGAGACUGGCCUGUCACAGCAUACCCAUCAGGUAUUAUAACUGUGUGCCCUUCGCUGGCUGUGUGUUCGUGGGGCCGUCGAAGCUGUCGUCAUGCCAACCUGGAGUCAAGACAUUUGAGGAGCUACCAAUGGAAACGACCUGGUAUAAAACCCACAACAACGGAGACAACCAGACAGACAGUGGGAUGGUUCUGGCGUCAGAGGAGUUUGAGAUGAUCCAACACGAACACAGAGGAGCCAAUAGUACAGAGCGCCUGGUGGUGGUCGAGUCCAGCGGUAGCCCCGUUAGUUCCAGGCACCGACCAGCCUUCCUCUCCCAGCUCUCUGGCCAGACCUUUUACAACAACGAGUAUGGUCAGCUGUCAGAGGAGGGCAGGGUCCUGGACUUCUUCUCCUCCCCUGACGAUACACGCUGCCUCGCAUCCUCCAACCUGUGAUGUCGUCAUCACAGUGGGCUAGCCCCUCCUCCAACCUGUGAUUGACUGCAGUGAGCUAGCCCCUCCUCCAACCUCUGCCAUUAUCACAGUGAGCUAGCCCCUCCUCCAACCUCUGCCAUUAUCACAGUGAGCUAGCCCCUCCUCCAACCUCUGCCAUUAUCACAGUGGGCUAGCCCCUCCUCCAACCUCUGCCAUUAUCACAGUGGGCUAGCCCCUCCUCCAACCUCUGUCAUUAUCACAGUGAGCUAGCCCCUCCUCCAACCUCUGCCAUUAUCACAGUGGGCUAGCCCCUCCUCCAACCUCUGCCAUUAUCACAGUGGGCUAGCCCCUCCUCCAACCUCUGCCAUUAUCACAGUGGGCUAGCCCCUCCUCCAACCUCUGCCAUUAUCACAGUGGGCUAGCCCCUCCUCCAACCUCUGCCAUUAUCACAGUGGGCUAGCCCCUCCUCCAACCUCUGCCAUUAUCACAGUGGGCUAGCCCCUCCUCCAACCUCUGCCAUUAUCACAGUGGGCUAGCCCCUCCUCCAACCUCUGCCAUUAUCACAGUGGGCUAGCCCCUCCUCCAACCUCUGCCAUUAUCACAGUGGGCUAGCCCCUCCUCCAACCUCUGCCAUUAUCACAGUGGGCUAGCCCCUCCUCCAACCUCUGCCAUUAUCACAGUGGGCUAGCCCCUCCUCCAACCUGUAAUUGACUACAGUGGGAUCCAAUAGUUCAGAUUCCAGUCUUGCUAGCCACAAGGGUUGGGAGUAUACUCAAUCCCUCUCCUUCCCUCACUUCCUUGCUGUCACUCUUUCCCUCACUUCCUUGCUGUCACUCUUUCCCUCACUUCCUUGCUGUCACUCUUUCCCUCACUUCCUUGCUGUCACUCUUUCCCUCACUUCCUUGCUGUCACUCUUUCCCUCACUUCCUUGCUGUCACUCCUUCCCUCACUUCCUUGCUGUCACUCCUUCCCUCACUUCCUUGCUGUCACUCCUUCCCUCUCUUCCUUGCUGUCACUCCUUCCCUCUCUUCCUUGCUGUCACUCCUUCCCUCACUUCCUUGCUGUCACUCCUUCCCUCACUUCCUUGCUGUCACUCCUUCCCUCUCUUCCUUGCUGUCACUCCUUCCCUCUCUUCCUUGCUGUCACUCCUUCCCUCUCUUCCUUGCUGUCACUCCUUCCCUCUCUUCCUUGCUGUCACUCCUUCCCUCUCUUCCUUGCUUUCACUAAUUCCCACUCUUCCUUGCUGUCACUCCUUCCCUCUCUUCCUUGCUGUCACUCCUUCCCUCACUUCCUUGCUGUCACUCCUUCCCUCACUUCCUUGCUGUCACUCCUUCCCUCUCUUCCAUGCUGUCAAUCUUUCCCUCUCUUCCUUGCUGUCACUCCUUCCCUCACUUCCUUGCUGUCAAUCUUUCCCUCUCUUCCUUGCUGUCAAUCCUUCCCUCACUUCCUUGCUGUCAAUCUUUCCCUCACUUCCUUGCUGUCAAUCUUUCCCUCUUCCUUGCUGUCACUCCUUCCCCUCUCUAUGGCCAACCGGCCCAUACUGGACUGAGUCGUCUGUACAUGCAGUUCUCUAUCCAACCACUGGGUGGCAGUAGUAUGUCAAAACUAAACCCAAAGUAUUUUAUAUCAACCACAGUUCAGAUUUGUAUCUCAAUACAGAGUAAGCUUUUGUUUAUUUGUACAAAAAUAUGAAAAUAAAGAAAUAUAUCUUCUUUA